UCGCUCUGGGCAUCCGCAACAAGUGGCCGCCGCGCCCUCCCGGGGGAGCCGCGGGCGUGCAGGGGCACCCGAAGGAGUCAGCGGAGCCCCGGAGUCCGGGCGCCGGAGCGGCUCAGCGCCCACCGCAGGGGAUCGGGGCGGGCGGAUGGGGACCCGGCGGCGACGGCGCGGCGAGCCCCUGGGCCGCCCGGGAGCUGGGGCUCUGCGCGGCGCUACGCCCGCCGGCCCCGAGCUCGGAUUCUAAGAGCAGCGGCUGUCCCUGGCCCCGCCUGGAGCAAUCGGGGGGUGCCACGAGGGGACGGAGCGCCCUCCUCCCACCAUAGUCCAGGGGCCACCCCAGGCCGGAGGUCGGCCUCGGAACCUGGGGUAUGUGCAGCUAACGGUCCCGUCGGGCGGGCUUUCCUCUGGCCAAGAGCGCAGGAGGUGCGCCCCAGCUAUGGAGUGUCCCGGGAGACGGCGGGCAUGACGGCUACAGGAUGGGCGCGAACAAUGGCAAACAGUACGGCAGUGAGGGCAAAGGCAGCUCAAGCAUCUCAUCCGACGUGAGUUCAAGUACAGAUCACACUCCAACCAAAGCCCAGAAGAAUGUGGCUACCAGUGAAGACUCCGACCUGAGCAUGCGCACACUGAGCACGCCCAGCCCAGCCCUGAUAUGUCCACCGAACCUGCCAGGAUUUCAGAAUGGAAGGGGCUCGUCCACCUCCUCGUCGUCCAUCACCGGGGAGACGGUGGCCAUGGUCCACUCCCCGCCCCCGACCCGCCUCACGCACCCGCUCAUCCGGCUGGCCUCCCGGCCUCAGAAGGAGCAGGCCAGCGCGGACCGGCUGCCCGACCAGUGCAUGGUGCACGUCUUCUCCUUCCUGCCCACCAACCAGCUGUGCCGCUGUGCGCGCGUGUGUCGCCGCUGGUACAACCUGGCCUGGGACCCGCGCCUCUGGAGGACUAUCCGCCUGACGGGCGAGACCAUCAACGUGGACCGCGCCCUCAAGGUGCUGACCCGCAGACUCUGCCAGGACACCCCCAACGUCUGUCUCAUGCUGGAAACCGUCACUGUCAGUGGCUGCAGGCGGCUCACAGACCGAGGGCUUUACACCAUCGCCCAGUGCUGCCCCGAGCUGAGGCGCCUGGAGGUCUCGGGCUGCUACAAUAUCUCCAACGAGGCCAUCUUCGACGUGGUGUCCCUCUGCCCCAACCUGGAGCACCUGGAUGUGUCAGGGUGCUCCAAAGUGACCUGCAUCAGCUUGACCCGGGAGGCCUCCAUUAAACUGUCCCCCUUGCAUGGCAAACAGAUUUCCAUCCGCUACCUGGACAUGACGGACUGCUUCGUGCUGGAGGACGAAGGCCUGCACACCAUCGCGGCGCACUGCACGCAGCUGACACACCUGUACCUGCGCCGCUGCGUGCGCCUCACCGACGAGGGCCUGCGCUACCUGGUCAUCUACUGCACCUCCAUCAAGGAGCUGAGCGUCAGCGACUGCCGCUUCGUCAGCGACUUCGGCCUCCGGGAAAUCGCCAAGCUGGAGUCGCGCCUGCGGUAUCUGAGCAUCGCCCACUGCGGCCGCGUCACCGACGUGGGUGUCCGCUAUGUGGCCAAGUACUGCGGCAAACUGCGCUACCUCAACGCGCGGGGCUGCGAGGGCAUCACGGACCACGGCGUGGAGUACCUCGCCAAGAACUGCACCAAACUCAAGUCUCUGGACAUCGGCAAGUGCCCUUUGGUAUCCGACACGGGCCUGGAGUGUCUGGCCCUGAACUGCUUCAAUCUCAAGCGGCUCAGCCUUAAGUCCUGCGAGAGCAUCACCGGCCAGGGCCUGCAGAUCGUGGCCGCCAACUGCUCCGACCUCCAGAUGCUGAACGUCCAGGACUGCGAGGUCUCCGUGGAGGCCCUGCGGUUUGUGAAGCGCCACUGCAAGCGCUGUGUCAUCGAGCACACCAACCCGGCCUUCUUCUGAAGGGACAGCUUUCAUCCGGCGUUGUUUUCAUACAAACGUGAACAAAACGAAAGUUUUUUGUUUUUUGUUUUUUUAAAAGAGCAGCAUAUGUAAGCAUCGACACCCACUCAUAACAGCUCUUUUCUCCCAGGAAGGUUCUUAGGAAUCUGGCUUUUUUCUCCCCUAAUUUCUCACGGGCAACAGAGGUCAAAAAAAAAAAAAAAAUGCCAAGGUGGGGGGGUGGGGUGGAGACAAAUUUCUGUUACAGCAAACAGGUUUUGUCAGUCCAGAGAAUUCGUAGGCAGUUUCUCUUUGCACAAAAGAUGAACCUCAGCAAUAUCUUCAGAAAGGCAUCUUACUUCCCAUCCCACCUCACCCCCUCCCUCCCAGCUGUAGCAACACAAUAAAUCACCAGAGUAAAAAUGCCUCCGGUCGCCCCUUUAAAGGCCUUGAUUGGCCUAAAUUACCCUCUCCAGUCCCACAUCCCAGCAGAUCCCAGAUAAAUCACAUAGCACUCUGCAUAUACGAAGGGCUUUCGACACACCUUUCUAUAAAUCCUUUGUGGUCAGCAGCAGGAGGGAAGGAGAGACCUGCACUCCUCCCCAGCCCUGCCCCUGACCAGCUGUGUGACCUUGGCCCAAGCCCUUCACUUCGCUGGGCAGCAGCUUCCAGCACUGAGGCAGAGGCCAUCCAGCUCAAAGAUUAGCUUCAUUGUCCUUUUGGAAUUGAGGGGACAGACAUACUAACAGUAGCACCUUGGCCUAGUGCACACAGCAUCUACCUCUUUCCAGAGAAUUGAUUCUGUGCUGUCAGAAGAUUCUUCGGAGCUAGCAGUGCACAAAGGGUCCUGUGUGCCCUGUGGCUCCCAUCUGAGUAUCACCUAUAUCCCUCGUCAUUAUGGUGGGUGAGUCCUUGGCACAUAACUCUCCUUCCCUGCUGGGUGCUAUGGUUUCUGUGUUCCCCCUCUGUACACUUAGUUAGGCCCCAGAAUGCAUCCUGACAGCAAAGCCCAGACGCCCUAUCCAGUUGCUUUGCCCAGUGUUUUUGAGUAGGAGGAAAGACCCUCACAACUUUUUUUUUUAUUAUUAAAUCAUAGCUGUGAACAUUAAUGCAAUCAUGAGGUAUAAUGUGCUGGCUUUAUGACCUUCACAAUUUUUAAUUAACAAGCAACACCCAAGGGAACACAUGUCCUCAAAGUUGUUGGGUUUUUUUUUUUUGACCCUUUGCCUUACACACCUGGCAUGCAUCAGGCACAUCUGUCCUGCAGCUGGCAGGGACAAGACACCUUGGUACAUUGUCAUUCAGAUCCUAUUCAGACUCUUCUCAUCUCUUUAUUUCUUUAUGCAGCCAGACUUCAUCAUAUGAAGCCAAUUGGGUUAAGUUUGUAAGCAUUUAAUUGUGCAAAUUGCCAGCUUGUAUGCCUCCCCUUUGGCUGUCUGCAUGUUUUCCAUCAAAGAAUGCAAAACAGACUUCCAGGUGUUUAAAGUCUGUUCACUCAAAAACGCCAGACAAAUGGAAGAGGGAGUGCACCAUAAUGACUUAGACCACUAGUUCCCCAACCAGAGCCUUAGCAUACAGGUUAAAAACAUUACCCAAUAUGAAUUUUAAAUGGAUGCAAUUUUAGAUGGUCCUAUUGGGAUAGAAAUCUAUAUGCCAGCCUCAUUGGUGUGAAAUUGGGUAGCGUGAAGAGAUUCAAUUGCUCCUUUUCAUGAAACUAACUUAGCUUUUAUUAAUAAAUACAUGGUUUUCAUCGAAUUAUUCCCUGACCAAGCCCCCUCCUUUAUCACUGUUGAAACAGCUCGUCUAUGUCCUUCUCAAAGGGCCCAUCCAGAGCCUCUGUGUCUCCAAGCCAAGCAUGCUGGAUUUGUUUCAGACCAAGCUUGCAUCCCCUCGACAACUGCACUCCCACUGUAGGCUCCUAUGCAUACUGUUGUCUGCUGUUGGGAAGGAGGUAUUAGCAUGAGGAGGUGGCAUCUGCCUAGGAAGUGUCCUUCAUAUAUCCUAUUAAAUAUGGCCUCCUAUCCAAUCAGUGUCAUCACCAACUUAAAUAUUCCAUCGAGGCUUCACGCCUACCAUGGAGGAAAAUGAACUGUUUAGCUGAGGGGCAUUAUCUAGUGAUGGCUAUAGAGUUUCAAGUCAUGAAUGAGGGUGAAGGUAGCAUUCUUCUGCUCUGUGACUUAUGACCCUAUAAGAAAUUUCAGACUUUGAGAAUCAUAAAGAACAAUCCCUAAUUUUUGGCCCUGGGAUCUUCCAAGUGAGUUGGUUUAAUACUUCCAAAAUAAGCAGAGAGAUCUAAAAUGGCUUCCUGAACCAUUAGGAACAUCUUUUUUAGCGCCUCCUGACCAUGUCUCCUACACUGUCUUCCAAGCAUGAGACAAAGCUGACGUCACACUGAUUGCCCAGCAUGUACUGUCUCCCCCCGGUUCUCCUCUUUUCCUAGUCUCCUCUUCAUCCCCUCCUCCCUGGGGGUUGGAAUCUAUGAUAGAGGUUACUGGGGAAACAGCUCAGCUAAUUUUUAGAGACCAAGCAAAAGGCCUCACUGGGAAAUUUUUAUCUAUUUUAAAACAUUGCUUCCUUCCUGGCUCUGCUAAAUUGAAUGCUCAUUGUUUUUUUAAAUUCUAAUGUUCAAAUCACUGCGCGCUGUAUGACUCUAGAAAGCCUUAAUUUACUACCACCAAGAAAUAAAGCAAUAUGUU